CUCAAUUGUCGUCUGUGCUGCACUUUCUUCUGCACUUCAACCACAGCCCACGCAUGGUUCGGGUAGCUUCUCAUAUACUCUAGGAAGCUGUAGUGCUUCAAGCCAUACGUCAUGUCCAAGCAAUACCUCACCCUCCACACAGUCGACAAUGCGCAUCCAAAGGCAAGCGAUAUCUUCGCCGUCGCACCCACGCCAACACAGCUGCUCUCCGCCUCUGGAUCCUCCUCAAUAAACGUAUACGACACCACCCAGCCCGACUUCCCGCUCGUCCAGACCCUCGACAAAGCCCACCCACUGGGAAUCCACCACCUCGUCACCGCCAAAGAAUCCACCGCACGCCGCGCGGCAAGCGCCGGCUUCGAGGGCAAAGUCAAGGUAUGGUCGCAAGGCGACGACGGGCUCUGGAUUGAAGACGGCGAAAUUGUAGACCAGCACAAGCCCGGCGAGAUAUGGGCCAUUGCGCUCAGCGCAGACGGCCAGUAUCUGGCGAGCAGCAGCAUCAACGGCAAAAUCAACGUCUGGAGCCUCGACAAGGCGCAGAGCUUCCCGCGGAUACGGGAGUACGAGACGAAGGGCAGCUUUGGGCUGUGCGUUGCUCUGAGCGACAAUGGAAGCUUCACUGCAUCAGGACACGAGAAUGGGAGCAUAUACGUCUUCAGCAACGAAACGGGGCGUCUUGUACACUCCCUCGCCGGCCUGGUACAUCCCGUGCGCAGCGUUGCCUUCUCGCCGGCAUCGAAGCUGCUCGCUGCCGGAGGAGAUGCGAGAGUGAUUGCCCUGUACGAUGUCACGUCUGGCGAACAGGUCGCCAACUUCACAGGGCACGGCGGGUGGGUGCUCACCCUCGACUGGAGCAAUACGGGCGAGUACCUGCUUUCGGGCUCGCACGACUCGAAAGCGAAGGUCUGGCGGAUCGAGACGAGGGCGUGUGUUGCUACCCAUUCGCAUGGCGACAAGCCGCUGUGGACGGCCAAGUGGCUGCCUAAGGCGCCGACGAAGAGCGAGAUGUUUGCUUUGGGCGGUGGGAACAAUUCGAUCAGCUUCUACAGGGAGGCUGCUGGCUGA